AUGGGCCCCUGUACCGCCUCCUCAUGCUGCUGCCAGGCCCGUAAUCUGCCAUGGGCCCCCGUACCGCCUCCUCAUGCUGCUGCCAGGCCCGUAAUCUGCCAUGGGCCCCCGUACCGCCUCCUCAUGCUGCUGCCAAGGUCCAGAGUCUCUCAUGGGUCCCUGUACGGCCUCCCAUUGCUGCUGUCUCCAUCGCCACACUCUGCCAUGUGCCACUUUCAGGUCUCCUCACACUGCUGGUGGGUUCCAUUUUUGUCAUAGGGUGCUGUAUGGCCUCCCAUUGCUGCUGCCUCCACCGCCACACUGUGGCUCCACACUCUGGUUUUGGCCCCGUGACUGCCCAAAUGAGUGAAGUGUGCGGUGAUUCUAAGAUCGACGGCACUCAUCUGCAUGUCAUACUGACUGACAGUAUUAUUUCUCUUCCCCAGCAGACUCCAAGGGCAUUUAAAUUAAAGUACAGUGUUUCUGCACUAAUAUAA